AAACAUGUUUCAAUGAAGUCUUGCAUAGUUCUUUAAAUGGCAGAUAAGAGAGAAACGAAUAGCAUAUAGAGGCUUCAGUCCUGGUACUUUUGCAAGCAUUCCACGUUGUUAAUUCCUAGUGACGAAGACAACCACACUGUCGGUUGUCUAGUUGAUGGCCAAGAAUGCAUCUGCGUGCUUAUUCUUUUUUUCCCCCCUUUUUAAACAAAGAUACAAGAAGUUUGAUAACAAUCAAUAACCUCCAUUUCUUUAUUCAUAGCUUGGUUUUUUUCCUUCUUGAUAAAAUUCUCAUUUUGUCUUGAAAACUUGAAUUAGAAUUGGGGUUUUGCCUUGAUUCAAGUUCUUCUGUACAUCCAUUAUCGAGACUUGAAAGGAGUUUCAGACCUUAAAUUCAUGGUCAGCGAUAAUGCUUUUUGAUCUGAAUAUUUAGACAGCAGUUGAGAGAAUUACUAAGAAUAUAUACAGUUGCUAGCCUAUAAAUUCGGUGACCCAAAUUAGCAUUCAUUACUAUCAUUAUCACUUCCACCUUUUUUUUUUUUGUAUUUUUGAGCUGGAGCGUCAACUGAAAGCACUUGAACUUGGUUCUCCUCUCAGUGUAUUGCCCCUUCAUUUCGUUUACCUUCUAUUUGCUGGAACUGAUUUCAGGAAAGAUUUUUGUAUUCUGAUUUUCUUGCAGGUAUUUUUGGAUAUGCAAGGCAGAAGUUAUUAGAUUGAAAAUUGUCAUGUUUCCUUGGAGAGCACCGGGAGCUGCUGAAGCCAGAAACAAGCAUAGUUCAUUUCAAACUGAGCCACUAUCAAUGAAGCUCCUGUCCUCCAUUUCCACUGUUGUUUCCCUUUUCUUCAUACUUCCAGUUGUUCCUCAGAUUAUAGCUGACCUGAAUUCUGACAGACAAGCACUUCUUAACUUUGCUGCUGCUGUUCCACACAUCCGGAAACUCAAUUGGAAUGCUUCUACCUCAGUUUGCACGUCCUGGGUUGGCAUUACCUGCAACACAAAUGGAACCGGGGUGGUUGCUGUCCAUCUUCCAGGCGUUGGACUGUAUGGCCCUAUCCCAGCCAACACUAUAGGAAGACUUAAUUCUCUAAAGAUUCUCAGUCUCCGAUCCAAUAGCCUCAAUGGAAAGCUUCCUUCUGAUAUCCCCUCCCUCCCUUCCCUUCGGCACCUUUACCUGCAACAGAAUAACUUCUCUGGCGUCUUCCCUGCCUUGCUCUCCCUUCAACUCAAUGUCUUGGAUCUUUCCUUUAACUCCUUCACUGGAAGCAUUCCACCCACCAUACAGAAUCUGACUCAGCUCACUGCAUUAUACCUCCAAAACAAUUCCAUCUCCGGAGCCAUACCGGAUAUCAACCUUCCAAGUCUCAAGGCUUUAAAUCUGAGCUUUAACUAUUUCAAUGGUACAAUUCCAUCAUCUUUCCAGAAGUUCUCCUAUUAUUCAUUCGUUGGGAACUCUCUAUUAUGUGGACUGCCUCUCAAGCGUUGCCCCACCAUCUCCUCUUCACCUUCUCCUUCCCCAAAUGACUUUCUAAACCCCCCAACAAAGCCCCAAUCUCACACUGCUUCCAACAAGAAACUUGGUUCAAAUUCUAUAAUUGCUAUAGCAAUUGGGGGAUCAGCUGUGCUGUUUCUCAUAAUUAUGGUUAUCUUUGUUUGCUUCUUGAAAAGAAAAGACGGGGCAAGAAACACAGUAUUGAAAGGGAAGGCUGAGAGCGAGAAGCCUAAGGAUUUUGGUAGUGGGGUGCAGGAGGCUGAGAAGAACAAACUGUUUUUCUUUGAAGGCUGUUCUUAUAACUUUGAUCUUGAGGAUUUGUUGAGGGCAUCAGCUGAAGUUCUUGGUAAAGGGAGUUAUGGAACAGCCUACAAGGCAGUUUUGGAGGAUGGGACAUCAGUGGUGGUGAAAAGGUUGAAGGAAGUUGCUGCUGGAAAGAAGGAAUUUGAGCAACAGAUGGAAGUUAUAGGGAGAGUUGGACAGCACCCUAAUAUUGUUCCACUCCGUGCUUAUUACUACUCCAAAGAUGAGAAGCUUCUAGUUCACAACUACAUGUCAGCAGGCAGCUUAUCUGCAUUCCUGCAUGGCAAUAGGGCUGGAGGUAGAACUUCACUGGAUUGGAAUGCAAGAGUGAAGAUAUGCCUUGGGACUGCCAGGGGAAUUGCCCGCAUUCAUUCUGAAGGUGGUGCCAAAUUUUUCCACGGUAACAUCAAGUCUUCCAAUGUAAUCCUCACCUCAGAUCUUGAUGGGUGCAUCUCUGAUGUUGGAUUGGCUCCUCUGAUGAACUUCCCCACAACCAUGUAUAGAACCAUUGGAUAUCGUGCUCCGGAGGUGAUUGAAACACGCAAAGCCUCUCAGAAAUCUGAUGUUUAUAGUUUUGGGGUGCUCCUUCUGGAAAUGCUGACUGGGAAAGCCCCUCUACAAGUUCCAGGGCAUGACAGUGUGGUUGAUCUUCCAAGAUGGGUGCGGUCUGUUGUCAGAGAAGAAUGGACUGCAGAGGUUUUUGAUGUUGAGCUUGUAAGGCACCAAAAUAUUGAAGAGGAAAUGGUGCAGAUGCUUCAGAUUGCUUUGGCAUGUGUGGCAAAAGCACCAGAUAUGCGUCCCAAAAUGGAUGAAGUUGUUAGGAUGAUAGAGGAAAUUCAACAUUCUGACUCAAAGAACAGGUCAUCCUCCGAUGCUGAGUCUAAUAUCCAAACUCCAUGAGAGUUUCAAAAUUUUCGCGCAGUGGAAAUGAUAUAUCAGAUGCUGUCUGAUAUGGUAAGGCGAUAUGCAUGAAUGCAUCAUGCAUACAUGCUAAGCCUUAAUCUCUCAAUGUAUCCCAUACUUCACCACGAAUUGUACUACCUGAAUCCUGUAGAAGAUUUUUAGAAUAAAUCUUCGGAAAAAUAAACUUCCUGUCCCUUGAUUUCUUGAACCGAAUUCUUUUCCAACUAUUGUAAGCUGGCUGAUAUGCUUUAACUGA